AUGGAGAGGACACACCACGUUUACAGAUCGACACACCACCCUGUCCUCAUCCACGCACAUACCGACACCGACACCGACGCGGAUCACACCUUCUCAUUCAUCUCACCCUCCGCCUUCUCCACCCGCUUGCGCCAUUACCAGCACGGCUCCCCCCCCUCUCUCGAUCCGAUCACCACAAGACCAUCCGUCAUCUCAUCCCCACCCCCCUCCUCCUAUACCAUUGCUACCGCCAGACGCGCCAUCUCAAUCCCUAAUCCUACAACUCCCUGUCCCACCGCCCCCAACGCCCACGUCAUAUUCCACCGGCACUACACCGGCCUGGAAACCAGGCCGCGGCGAUUCCCCGUCUGUAUUUCCCCAGGUCGGGGCGUCAUCGUGCGACAACCCUUCCUCAUGCCGGGCAUGUAUGGUUGGACGUGUCUCAGUCGGGAGUGUGAGGUCGAGAGAUGCGAAGAACGGGUCGUCACGUUUCCUGGCGACGUUCGGAGGUCGGUACCCGAACAUACGGUUCGCAUUGUGGGGAGAGUGGAGGUGGAGUUCUCUGUCUUGCAGGGGGAGGAUGUUCAGGUCGAGGUUCAUGGUGAGGGUCCUACCGGACUCGGGCGAGAUGAGCGCGAUGUGGUCGAUGUCCGUACCGGCCGAGAUAAAGGGAUGGGGCUCCAUGCGUCGCGCGAUGGGGAUGUUGAGGUGUCUGGGUCACGCAACGAGAGAGGCCUAGUGACAGGACCACUCCUAGUCAAUCAAGACGCAGUCCCAGUUCGGAUCAGAGCCCGUGCCUGGGUGGCUGCCGCGAAUGAGGAGUUUUGUCCCAUGGGAGGGACAGAGGGCGUGGGGAUCUGGAUCGGUGCUGAAGAUGCGAGGGAGAUCGGGUUCAGCUUGCGUGAUGUUAGCAAGUGA